CAGCCAUUUUGUGUCUCCACAGUUCGGUCGGAGUGAAGCUGACCAUCGGAGAGGAAGAAGAACCGACGAAUAUGCGAGUUUAGACGGUGUUUUUAAUUUACAGCGUUGAUUUGAAGUGUAUUAAAGUGUGAUUUAUUGUGUUUAGGUAGCGGUGUUCGCGGUCGGCUCACUGUUUCCUGCCCGGUUUGUUGGAGAGCUAACGAGGUUAGCCGGCUAGCCCCGCUAGCUUAGCGUUAGCUUCCUGACGCUAACUGAAAUCUGGAGCGAAAUGGCGGCCAACACGACACAAGCAGCCCCGACAACUAACUGGUCCUACGUUUCCGCUGGAGACAACCAGGUUCAUGAAAACCCGGAAUGGGAGAAAGCAAGACAAGCUUUAGCAUCUAUUAACAAGAGUCAGACCUCUGCUAAGACCACACAAGCCAACCGGACCACAGCAGAGGCCGGCCAGUUUCAGCCAGCGGUAUCUGACUCUGCAGCCAUGCAGCAACCACAGCAGCAGUACUACCCGUGGUACCAGCAAACUCAGCAGCACUAUCCUGGAUACACGUACCCCUAUAACUACUACUACCCCAUGGGUCCAUAUGGAGGCGCGUAUCCACCGAAUCAGUACGGUGUCCCUCCAGGUCCAUAUCCAGGAACUCCAGCCUCUAACGGACAGCCUCCCCCGGUGCCUGGAACUGAAGACCAGUCUCCCAGCUACCCCUCCCAGCCUCAGCCUCCUCCCCCAGCCGCCCCCCAGCCCCCCCAGAGCCCCACCACCUCAGAGAAACCCCCUCCUCCUCCACCCAUCCCUCCUCCACCCAACUCCCAGUACCCCCUGCCUCCGUCACAGAAUGCUUACAGUACCAACAGCACCAUGCCGUACCCCCCCGGCGACCCCGGCCAGAUGCAGGUCUACAAUCAUUCCCAGGGAAGGCCCAGCUACAGCCAGGGCUUCCAGGCCCAGAACUCCUACCAGCCCCCCCAGAACAACUCCCAGCAGCAGCCUGGUCAGUACGGACCUGGACUGGACCGAGGAGACGCCAACAAGAACAAGAACCAGAAACAAGGACAACAGCUCUGGCACCGCAUGAAACAGGCUCCUGGGACGGCUUCUGUGAAGUUCAACAUUCCCAAGAGGCCUUAUCAGGUCCAGUGUUCCCCGAUGACCAAUCAGGCGUUCCCUCAGGGCGACCAGAAUCAGAUGUCUUCUACUGCAGCGACCAACAACGCUGCCCCUGGAGGAGCUCAGACACGACCCCAGGACUGGCCUCAAGCCAUGAAGGAGUACGUGCAGCGCUGCUUCACCGCCUGCGAGACAGAGGAGGACAAGGACCGAACGGAGAAGGUGCUGAAGGAGGUUCUGCAGGACCGGUUGAAGGACGGCUCUGCUUACACCAUUGACUGGACUCGAGAGCCGCUGCCAGAACUGAAGGUCAAACAGUCUCGUUGGGAAAGCGUUCCGGCCCAGAGGACAUCCGACGGCUCCGUUAGCCGAGGUGGAAGCUCGGCGGCUGCAGCCUCCAGAGGCAGAGGUCUGGGACACAGACUGGGACACUACAGGAACAUCUUCUCUCAGAGGAGUCCGUCUUCCAGUUCGUCCAGGUCCUCCUCCCGCUCGCCGUCGCCGUCCCACAGCCGACACAGAGACCGCAGCAGCCAGAGACACAGACGCAGUGAUUCAGGCUCACAGUCAGACAGCAGCAUCUCCAGCGACCUGCGACCUCAGCUGUCCAGACGGAGUCAGAAAGGAGGACGUGGUCGUGGAAAUGACAGAGACAGAGGACGUGGAGCUGGAGAGAGAGGACGGGGACGUGGAGGAAAAGCCAACAGAGGACGCCGGAACAUGGACGAUUCCAACGCGGCUGUUGGAAAGAAGAGGAAAGGAGGCAACGCUGGUUUGGAUUUCCACGACCCGAACCGGGAGGCGAAGAAGCAGAGCAGAGCGGCUCGUUUCCACAAGCAGCUUCGCUCAGAGCCUCUGGUUCUGUCCAUCAACGCCCUGGACCUCCCAGACGGGACCCAGGAGGGCCUCAGCUGGGAGGACUGCCCCAUCGUAGGAACCUGUCAGGACAUCACCAAGCACUACCUGAGGCUCACCUGUGCACCCGACCCAUCCACAGUGCGCCCCGUCCACGUGCUGAGGAAGUCUCUGCAGGCUGUGAAAGCUCACUGGCAAACCCACCAGGACUACGCCUACGCCUGUGAACAGAUGAAGUCCAUUCGACAGGACCUCACGGUCCAAGGAGUUCGUACUGACUUCACGGUGGAAGUGUACGAGUGUCACGCUCGCAUUGCUCUGGAAAAGGGGGACCAUGAGGAGUUCAACCAGUGCCAGACCCAGCUGAAGGCCCUCUACAAGGACAACCCCUCAGAGAACAUUGGGGAGUUCACAGCGUAUCGACUGCUGUAUUACAUCUUCACUAAGAACUCUGGAGAUCUGACCACUGAGCUGGUCUACCUGACGCCGGGCCUCAGGGCAGACGAGUGCGUGGCUCAUGCUCUGGCGCUACGAGCCGCCUGGGCGCUGGGAAACUACCACCGCUUCUUCAAGCUCUACCUGGAAGCCCCUCGCAUGGCCUCAUACCUCAUCGACAAGUUUGUAGAGAGAGAGAGGAAGGCGGCGCUGCGGGCCAUGGUCAAAACGUUCAGACCUGACCUGCCGGUGCUGUAUGUCCAGUCCUCUCUGGGCUUCACCUGCUCAGACUCCUGCAUGGCCUUUUUAACGGGGCUCGGGGUCACCUUCAGCCCCUCCGACCCCUCAAAGAUAGACUGCAAGACCAGCUCAGCCUGUUUAGCCGCCUCCUGAGGGCCGUAGACCAGGACCAGAUCCUCACACAACGACACACCUCACACAGAGCACACACUAGCGCUAGUCAGACAUCCACGGGGGGGUUACAUGACGCAGUUUAACGGCCAGCAGGGCUCAGAUCAGGGCUUCCUGUUCCUUUACCUCCAUCAGAUUUAAAGCUAACAGUGUUCUGUUAUGUUCUUUCCCUCCUCAAGUCAGCAGCUCGAAGACUCAAGUCCGACCCUCAGGAGAGAAGAAACGGCUUCUUCUCCGAGUCUCAAGUCACUGAAGUCACGUCAAUCAAGUGUUCCUCUUAGAGACUGUGAGGAGAAUCAGACAGGAGAAGAGCUGGUUUGUAUGAAUCCUGCAAGCUUCAUCCUCCUGAGAGACUGGAAGUUCAUGAAAUAUCCAACGAAGAAGAGCAGAGACUUUACAAGAUAAAAGGAUGAAAAGUUCCUGGAAGAUUCAUCAUCAUCAGGUAGAAGCUCCUGAAGCUCCGCCUCACCUGGAGGAUUGUCCUGGUUCUGGAGGAGUUAUCAGGUGGUUUGUAUGAGGCUCUGGUGUCUGCAGGCUGGUAAGAGAAACAAAGAGACUCUGGGAGGACGGAGACAAGCACACUGCUUCCUGUUUGAGUGUUUUAUGUGUUUACUAGUGUUCCUCAAAGCUCCAAUCAGGGUUUUAUCCGAUUAAAUCCUAGAAACGCCAAAACUUCAAAGCAGUAUUUAAAUGAAAUCAGUCAUUUAAUAAAGAGGGAUUCUUGAUGAAAUCUGUCCCCUAGAAGCUGCCGUUGAUUUUUACCAAGCUAGCAGUGAUUUUUAGCGUGAACACUGGUGAUAAAUGUGAGAUUAUUGGUGAUAAAAAACGGCUCAGGAGCCGUUUAGGGUCUAAUUCAGUGUUAUUUAAUGAUCCAAAGUAUAUUUUUGUAAAUAUCGUAUCGUACCCACUGUGGUCUCUCUCCGAUUAGUUUUCGUCGGGUAAGUGCGACUCCUAGCUGGGGGUUCGACCGGAAACCGAAUGUUUCGGUCGUCGCGACAAACCGCCGAGUCGCGAAUCCCGCUUAUUUCUGCUGAGUCAUGAUCUCAACCUGUCUCCCUCUCUUCCUUCCCCCCUCCAUCCCGCUCCCUCCCCCACUCCACCCCUCCACCCCAAACAUCUUCAGCUCGGAGGGACGAUAAAGCGACCGGGCGAACCUCCUCCAGACGCCCCGGAGACAAAGAGGAAGAAGGAGGAACACGGAGCCUCGAGAUAAAGAUCUGAGGCUGUUCUUCUCCUGAGCCACAAAAAUCUGUCCUAGAUAGAAGACUGAAUGUGUCCUGCCUGCUUCUGUGAGUCCAGAUGCAUCUAAACGUGUUGAAGGACCUCAGUUUGUUGUUUCACACUUUAUUGUUUCGUUAGAUUCUCCUCCACUGGUUGGUUUUCAGUCCUUCAGCUUCCGAUGCGUCCGGACCUACAGAACCAACAUCUAGCUAGGUCUGCCACCACCGUCCCGGGUUUUUCAGGGUGUUUGCUUUGUUGUUUAUUUGUUUUCUUUGUUUUUUUUAUUUUAUUUAUUUACCGCUAAAGUUCCACCCGGACCACUAACAGAAACACAUUCAGUUCCUGUUUCUUGUGUAUUUUGUUGUAAAAACCUCCAUCAUCAGUCUGUAACUUCCUCUGAAGAACCUCCUCCUCGUCUUCAUCUCAUUUCUUUUAACUCCGUUUGGAUUCGUCUUCUCUCUGUUCUGGUUCUCCUGCAUGAUGUCCUCCUCCUCUUCCUCCUCUAACAGUAUCUCCUCCUCCUCUUCUCCUCAUUCUUCUGUUUUCCGUUGAGUGUUCUGACUAGUAAGUAUUGAUCUUCUGGGUCUGCAGUGCUUCAUAGUUUACGUUGCAGCUCACUAACAACCCAAGCUGAAGGUUUAUCUUCCUCCUCCUCCUCUUCCUCCCCUCGUCCCUCAUCUGAUCUGACCAACUGCCGUUCUGUAAAUACCGUGUACAUAUUUACUUUUGGGAAAAAAAUCUAAUAAAAGUCCACUAGAAAGAGCA